AGGAAGGGGGCGGGCUUGCGUCUAGAGCCGAGGGAUUUCGUGUCCUGGAGGAGUGCUUUGGCUUGUCCCAUUGCGGCCAUGUCGUUCUGCAGCUUCUUCGGGGGCGAGGUUUUUCAGAAUCACUUCGAGCCAGGCGUCUAUGUGUGCGCCAAGUGUGGCUAUGAGCUCUUCUCCAGUCGCUCCAAGUAUGCACACUCUUCCCCAUGGCCAGCGUUCACUGAAACCGUCUAUGCAGACAGUGUAACCAAGCGCCCUGAGAAGAACCGACCCGAAGCUUUAAAGGUGUCCUGUGGUAAGUGUGGCAAUGGGUUGGGCCACGAGUUCCUGAAUGAUGGCCCCAAGCGAGGACAGUCCCGAUUCUGAAUAUUUAGCAGCUCGUUGAAGUUCAUUCCUAAAGGCGGAGAAACUCCUGCUCCCCAGGAGCACAAGGCUACGCAGCAGAUGGAAUAACAUUGGGGCUUCCCUGGCCACCCACUCCAACCUUGGUCACCGAAUGAUCUGCUCUGGUUAAAUCCUCCUAAGUCAGCCAGGGUCGUGAUGACCUGUGACCUUCAGGGAGGGGAGUAGGCCGAGGCUGAUCUCAUCGCUCCCUCCAGUUCAUACCCGCAGGGGUGUCCCUUCCCAAGAUAAAGCCACUGUACCUUACUGUAUGUGCUUGGGAGCUCUUGACGUCUGGGAGCAUGGGUGGUGCUGAAACUCACCCCAUCUUGAAUCCUUUCUGGAGUAAUCCAUUGGAAAUCAAUAAACAUGAAGCUUGGGCUGUU